AUGGAAGAUAAACAAAGUACUUUGACGCGGCCGCGACCGGACGGAGUCCAGCAGCAUAAUCCGUGGAAUUUGAUGAUCAAACACAGACACGUUCACAGGAGAGGACGACGCUCACACGUGACUGUUAGUUACACCGACCCCCGUGUGUCCAUGGACCUGCUGAGAGCCGUUUUGCAGCCCAGCUUCAAUGAUGAGAUAAUGGACGUGUUCAGCAAAUACCACAAGUUUUUCGAGAAGGCGGCGCAGAACGUGAAGGAGAACGUGGGAGAGGACGUGCACACUGACCAGCUCAUUAAGGAAGCGUGCAGGAAUAUUCUGGAACAUGCCAAAAUGUUGUUUCCCGACAGCGAAGAGAAAAAGUCCAGCUCAGAGGCCGUUGUCAAGCGUUGUCGAGGUUCCGAAGAAAGGGCAAGUCCGGUCCCCAAAAAGAGGAAGAAGAACCGUGUGAGCGGCGCGGCAUCUGCAGCCGACCGACCUUUUAACUUCUCCGCUCACGCAAAGGUCAAGUGCGAACCCAUCAAGCGAGAAGGGCCCAAGUGGGAGCCGUCCAGACUGAAUGAACGCAGCACCUUCGUUCUGGGCUCCAGAGCCAACAAGGCACUUGGGAUGGGCGGGACUAGAGGACGCAUCUACAUCAAACACGCUGACCUCUUCAAGUACGCGGCGGACACCAAGGACAAGCAGUGGUUAGCAGAGCGUCACCACAUGAGGGCGACGGGCGGCAAGAUGGCCUACCUGCUGAUUGAGGAAGACGUCCAGGAUCUGGCGCACGGCGACGAUUACAAGGACUGCCCGGACGUCAAGCUGGACGAGAUGAAGCCCUUCUCGGUGCCCAUGUGGAUGGUGGAGAAGAUGCAGAAGGCCAUGGAGGCGCAGAGGGACUCGGAACUCUGA